ACGUCUCGACAAAUUAGUCUUUCUGGUCGAAUUCACAGAAAGGGGGCGAAGCAAAAUAGUAAACAAUGGUAUAAACCCUACGGACCCAAAUAACAAAAGUUGUGAUUUAGGUUUCUCGAGCAAGGAAAAUGACUGAUUCUGGGCAUGAGAUCGAAAUCAGAUGCCAUCAUUGCGCUGGCCCUCUUACGAAAAAUCUGGAAACCAGUGAUUGGACUGUGGCUCCGUUCAUCAGGGAUAGCUUUUCUAUGAUUGGAUCAGCUGUUGGUGGUACUGCAAGUGCAUUCAUUGGGUUUAACCAUGCAAUGCCAAUUGUACGCAAGUGGAUAAAAGGACCCAUGUGGUUACAUUUUCUUGUUGGGGCACCGCCUGUUAUAGUUCUUUCAUCAGCCUGUGCUGGACUAGCAGGUGGCACUGUACCGGCACUGGCACAGCUCGCUUCAUCUUCAUAUCGAGCAGCAGUCCAUUCGUCUCAGCCACCAAAGACACAAGAGAAGAACAAAAUUCACAAGUCUACGACUUCUCCUCUGUAAAACACACAGCAUAUCACUCUCUCUUGUUCAUUUUUUCUUCAUUUUGUAUGUCAAUCUUUUGUUUGAGAGAGAGAGAGAGAGAGAGCUUCUUGGUGUAAAUUAUACAAAACUCUUUUUUUGCUAAAGAAAGCUUAAGCCAUGUCAAGAGAUUCAUGGUUUUGGUCCAUUGUAUCUCCAUGGAUCCUUCUGGUCACUCUCAUAAAGCAUAGGUGCUAAUUUAUGUUGUUUCAGGACC